CCCUUCGUAGAUGUAAUGAAGGACCUCCCGCAGUACAUCAGGUCCAGCACGACACUUUCAGCAGCUGUAGCCAGCAAUAGGUGACGCAAUCAUGCUACCGUACAAUCACCCAGUAGUAAGGGACGACAAUCAUGUUGAUGUGCACAAACAGAUCUCGCUUGAUACUUGCAGACCCACCACAAUUUGAAACGUUUCAAUGCACGAGGUCUACCGCAUGGUCCGACGAGCUUGGACCGCCCUCGCAAGCAAACAAAACUGGGUCGGUUGCCGUUUGAUGUUGAUGGCCUAACGUCAUGUCCGCCGCAGAUAGAGCGUCUCGUUCUAUUGCUUCAUUGAUAUAUGAGAGAGACAUGGAGGCGACAAGAUUGAGGAGAUCCAGGCUUCGACAAGGCAUCGCUGCGAUGUUUGGCAAUAACUUGGCAGUAGCGCUUAGAGAUGUGCUAGAUGGACACAACAGCGGCUCUCUGCGCGGUAGCUCGCGAACAAGUACGCGCAGUACAAGUAGUAGCGUGGUAUCUGAAUCGAACGAAGCGUCACCAGCGCAUCACCUCGCAACAACUUUCAGGAGUCUGACACUGACAAGCCGUCCGUCGUCAACGACGCGUCUAUUUCGGCGGCGAGCGGAACGCACAUCUCCGAUAGAAGCCCCUCCGCCUGCAUACUCAGCGAUUAAUGAGACGCCUGAGACAUCCUUCCAACCAUCAGCCGAAAUCCUUGCCCAAUCUCGCCGCAACUUUCUCGAAUCAUCCGGAAUUUGCGUACUCGACACAAAUACCGUCGAAGCGAUUGGCUUACAUCGCCUAGAAGCCCAGCAACAGCGUCGAGAACACCAGCAACAACUCUUGACUGGUCGCAGUACAGUUGAUACCCCACACUAUGAGGCUGAUCGUCGCGAAACGCGUCGUGGUGGCAAAUACCUUUUCGCGCCACAGGACACGGUCGCCUUGGCGGAGAUCAACCAGCAUACUGCUUCUGUGCGCGCAGGCUGUUCAUCGCACGCUUUGGCCGUUUCGUCGCGUGCUGAGGGAUUUGUUUCAAUAGUGGAGGAGUUUCAUGGGUUCGUGCACCAGUCGCCUCUUGUUGUACGGAUUUCAACAGUGCCGGUUGUAGAUGAGCCUGAAGUGAGGCAGGUACCAACAACAGCCAUCAAGCAAACCAAGCAUAAAAAGAACGUCAAAGAGCAAUGGAGCGCCUUUGUGGUUCAGUCAAAGGGUAACUUUAUUGGUAUGCCACCACUGCCACUCGAACGUCUCUUGCGCAUAAAACAACCCGACUUGUUUGCCAGUGCAGAAUCUGGCGAUAUUUUGCUCGAGGGAAGUUACAACAAGGCACGCUCAUUGUACGUACAGGACAUGAGUGGGAGUUUGUCGAGCCAUGUGUCGGUCGUGUAUCGUGAACCCAUCACACGUGCGCUGUACUUGUUGACCUCGCGUACCUGGUCGAAACGCUUUCGCAAUGCUUAUGAAAAGAGGAAGCAGCAGCAUGACCUUGCUUCAUUGGAUUUUAAAACCUUGCAGUGUACAGAUGGUGUCACACUGCAUCCAUUGGAAGCUUAUGUGGCGCAAGCAAGACAAGCUGGCAGUUACUUCUUGCUGCGGAAGUUGAUGAAGGGUAAGAAAGCACCCAGUGCAAUCCACCGGCAUCGUCUCGGACAGAAGCUUUUCGAGUGGUUCUUGGCAAAUCAAGGAACACGCCCGCCUCCUGUUUCAGAAGAGAUACUCCGCUUGAAGGGCGCAUGCAAGGUGGAUGCAAAAUUGUCAGAAGUCCUAGGACUCGAAGGUCUCGCCACUGGCCAAGAAAAGCUUGUCUUGCCACGAAACGUCGCUCAAGUCACACAGCGGCUAGCGUUUCACCAACGCGGCAAGUAUGCCGCUUUGUUGAAUAAAACGACGGACCUUAGCAUGAGUAGCAGUGAGGCUGUCCUUGCUGCGCUUGAGCACGCGGAUGUCUUUGAUCUUGGCGCCAAGAGUGAUGCAGAAGCCGCUCGUGUCCGUCGUGUAAUGAGUAGCAGCAAUAUGUUUGAGCUGCGUCGAUUGCCACUCCGUCCAACACGCCAUGCGAAUGGGUUUGGAGGUUGGGGUUAUGAGAUUUUGACACUUGUGACGGGUGAGAAGCAGCAAACGGGUGUGCGUGGAUACGUGACGAGUGUCUCCUCACAUGGACGGGUGGAAAUGAGCAUUGGUGGACAGCCGUUGAAUUUUGAGGAAGGCGCAGUGUAGUGCUUAUAGACUGGCAUAGUAUUGAGACUGUCGUACAAGGUCUGCAUAACGAGCUGUUGUUUGUUGGACUUCCUUGCGUGCACGGCCGUUUCCGGUGUAAUUCGUGAUUGU